UUAUUAUUAUUAAUGUUAUAAAUGUCAUUUUUAUCUUUGAUGUUCAGUAGAUUCAAUCUGUUUUAUAAGAACUUUGGUAUCCACCAUUUAAGGGGCGUAAACAAAGAACCAAAUAUUAUUUAAUUUUUAACAGUUAAAAUGUAUUGCGCUGCAGAUAAAUGAAAAAUGAAGACAUGAGAAUCGAUCAUAAGAACGUUAAUUAACAUCCGUGUCCUUGAAAAUGGCUUCAGAGGAUAAUGUUUGUUGGUAUCAUGGUAAAUUAUCAAGAGAAGGUGCUGAGAACCUACUUAAGGAAGAGUCGCAGGAAGAUGGGAUUUUUUUAGUUCGUGAGAGCAGUACCUCAUGUGGAGAUUACGUAUUAUCUGUACUUCAUAACGGAGAAGUAAUUCACUAUCAGAUACGAAAACAUGGGGAAGAUGCUUUCUUUUCCAUAGAUGAUGAAACCACAAUACAUGGCCUUGACACACUGAUAGAGUAUUAUCAGGAGGACAAUCAUGCUCUGGAAACAAAACUAAAGAUACCAUGUAAAGGAAAACCACCACCACAUGACACUCGUAGGCAUGGGUGUACAAAUCUUUUACAUCGUGCUACAAUUCAACGUAACUAUACAAUUGUCUCCGAAUUGCUAAAAUGUGGGUAUAGAAAUUUGGAAGCAAAAAAUCAAUUAGGUCAGACUGCUGUUCAUUUGGCAGCUAAAGGUGGUGCUGAUGAGAUUCUCAAAAAGUUGAUACAAAGUAAAGCCAGCGUGAAUUGCCGUGAUUCUGCUGGUUACACACCGCUUCAUUAUGCAUGUCAAAGUAACUUACCAAGCACUGUGCGCAUACUCAUUUCUGGAGGAGCAAAUGUCCAAGCCCGACAUACAGAAACGGGAAUGGUACCGCUGCACGAAGCGGCCAGCCGUGGUCACAAAGAAGUGAUUCAAGUAUUAUUGUCUAUGAAUGCACCAGUUAAUCCACGUACAUUGGCUGAUGACGUUCCAGCAGAUUUGGCAAAACGCAAUGGUUAUUUAGAAUGCGCCAAGCUGCUUCGUAACUAUCAAGGUCCAGCGCCAAAAGAGAAGCGUAGUGAUUGGUAUCAUGGAACUCUGGAUCGCUCGGAAGCCAUUGCUCUUUUACAGAAACAUGGAAAUAUAGAUGGUUCUUUCUUGGUUCGAUUUAGCGAUCGCCAUGGCGGUAGUUACGUGCUUACUGUCAUGUAUCACGGACAAGCUUAUCAUUUUCAAAUACAGAAAAAGAGGGACUUUUUAUUUAUCGAUAAUGGGCCUUAUCUUUCAUCUCUGGAACAUGUCGUGGAACAUUAUCAGUGUAUGCCCGAUGGUUUACCUGGACCAUUAAAUCAUCCUAUUGCUCCAGUUCCAAGGCCUCCGAUCCCGGAAAUGCCAGCGUCAAUUUUUAAUGGAAACACCCUGACAAAAAAGAAGCAAACUCUUAAUAAAAGAAAGGAAGAUGAAGCACUUCCGAUGAGGGUUCCAACACAUCCAGUCGAUGACAUAAAUGAGAACCCGGAACCAGGUCAAUUGUCUUAUGAUUCAACACACGAACCUACUAUAGCUCAAGAUUUUAUCCUCGGAAAGAAUCUCAUAUUGGGAGAAGUUCUCGGCGAAGGAGAAUUCGGUGCUGUUUACGAAGGGGUUUAUGAGUCAUCUAGUAGGAUUCAGGAACCCGUAGCCAUAAAAACUUUAAGAGAGUCGCAUAAUGAGGAUACUCGUCAAAAUUUCUUAAGGGAAGCCCGACUUAUGAUGACGUUAAAUCAUCACUGCAUCGUCAAGUUAAUCGGUUUCUCAGAAGGUCCGCCGUUGUUAAUGGUGCAAGAAUUGAUUACAAUGGGGUCGAUGUUGGCUUAUCUGCUUGAAUUUCCAGACAGAGUCAGCGCCAAUUAUGAACUAAAGAUCUGGGCUUCCCAGAUAGCCUGUGGUAUGAAGUAUUUAGAGGAAUUGAGACUUGUGCAUCGAGAUUUGGCUGCCAGGAACAUUUUAUUAGCUUCCAGGCAUCAAGCAAAAAUCAGUGAUUUUGGAUUAUCCAGAACAUUUGGAUCAAAUGAUUAUUAUAGAGCUACGCAAGGUGGAAAAUGGCCAAUAAAAUGGUAUGCUCCCGAGUCUUACAAUUUUGGAACAUUCUCGCAUGCCAGUGACGUAUGGAGCUUUGGCAUUACAUUGUGGGAAAUGUUUUCCUAUGGUGAACAACCUUAUGGUGAUAGGCGUGGAGUUGAUGUUAUUCAGCUCGUUGAAAAAGGAGAACGUUUGGAAAAGCCUGAGAAAUGUCCUGAGCAUGUAUAUCUGGUGAUGCAAAGUUGCUGGUCUUACUUGCCAGAGGAUCGACCAACGUUUAAGGAUCUUUUGGAAAUUUUUAGUAGCGAUCCGGAAUAUGCCAACAUAAGGGAACUUGUGUCGGCGGUCGAUAUUAGUUGAUGCUCAAUCAAUAUUCGAUAGUCGAGCCUAUACUAUAAGCAUUCAGGAGGAGCUUUAGUCAUAAAGAAUCUGGAAGAUUUAUCUGAGAUAAUGCCACAAGAAAAACGAGUACAAUGUCAAACGUCUUCUUUGCCUCUUUCCUCAAAAUUGUAUGUCGCAAAUUGUGUACAUGUGCCAACUAUCUAUAGUUACGUAGGCACGCUUGUGUCUCAACAAUAAUUCGUGAUUACGUGCCAUUUAUUGGAUUUUUAAGCAAUAUAAAGAUAAAUGCGGUGUGUAAAUAUACAAGAUUCUCGCUGUUUUGGCAAUAAUGACGAAACGAGUGAUGUCGGUAAUAUGAAGAUAAAUGUUCGCUAAGGAGAGUGAAAUGGUGUAAGACGCUUGUGAGAAAAGAAACGAAAAUAAAAAGACAAUGAUAAAUUUAUUUUACGU